CUGAUGAUGCUGUGAUGGUGGGUGAUGGCACUGAUGAUGCUGUGGUGGUGUGUGAUGGCACUGAUAAUGCUGUGGUGGUGGGUGAUGGCACUGAUGAUGCUGUGGUGGUGGGUGAUGGCACUGAUAAUGCUGUGGUGGUGGGUGUUGGCACUGAUGAUGCUGUGAUGGUGGGUGAUGGCACUGAUAAUGCUGUGGUGGUGGGUGAUGGCACUGAUAAUGCUGUGGUGGUGGGUGAUGGCACUGAUAAUGCUGUGGUGGUGGGUGAUGGCACUGAUGAUGCUGAGGUGGUGGGUGAUGGCACUGAUGAUGCUGUGGUGGUGGGUGAUGGCACUGAUAAUGCUGUGGUGCUGGGUGAUGGCAUUGAUGAUGCUGCUGUGGUGGGUGACGGCACUGAUGAUGCUGUGGUGGUGGGUGAUGGCACUGAUAAUGCUGCUGUGGUGGGUGAUGGCACUGAUGAUGCUGAGGUGGUGGGUGAUAACACAUUUGCAGGUGAUGCAGCAGAGAUGUUUUGUGAUGCAGGUGUUGCUGUGGACAUCCCAGAGACAAUCUUGUGA